UGAAAUUGACGAUUGCUAACAAGUUGAAGGGCAAAUGGCAUUUAAGCCCAAUAGAGAGUUCAGUCAGCAACUGUAAUGACUGAAAUCAACCAACAAUCAAAAUUGUAGAAUCAAAAUGGAGAAGAAGAAGAGCAAAGUACUGAUAAUUGGAUCAACAGGAACUCUAGGGUUCCAUUUAGCACAUUUUAGUAUCAAAUUUGGUCACCCAACUUAUAUUCUUGUAAGGGACUCUGCUUUCAAUGACCCUCUCAAAUUACAAAAGAUUGAAUCUUUAUCUAAUGCUGGUGCCAUUCUUCUCAAGGGUUGUUUGGAGGAUGAGAAGAGUGUUGUUGAGGCAGUGAAGCUAGUGGAUGUGGUGAUUUGUUCAAUUCCAUCAAAACAGGCUCUUGAUCAGAAGCUUCUUAUUAGAGUUAUUAAAGAAUCUGGCUGCAUCAAGAAGUUCAUUCCAUCAGAGUUUGGAGCAGAUCCGGAUAAAGUUCAAAUAUCCGGAAUGGGGUAUAACUGCUAUUCAUGGAAAUCUGAGAUUCGGCGUCUUAUAGAAGCUGAAGGCAUUCCUUAUACUUACAUUUGCUGCAACUUGUUAAUGAGAAUUUUACUUCCGUCAAUAGUUCAGCCUGGUUUAGCAACUCCACCGAGGGACAAGGUCACAGUGUUUGGAGAUGGAAAUGUUAAAGGUGUCUUUGUAAAAGACGAAGAUGUUGCUGCCUUUACCAUUUGCGUUAUUGAUGAUCCACGGACAUUAAACAAGACGUUGUAUUUGAGGCCACCUGGAAACGUCUACUCGUUAAAUGAGCUGGUAGAGAUUUGGGAAAGCAAGAUUGGGAAAAAACUUGAAAGGAAUUAUGUACCAGAAGAUCAACUUCUUGAUAGAAUCAAAGAGACUCCAUAUCCAGACAAUGCGAGUCUGAUUUUUAUAUACUCGAUCUUCGUCAAAGGAGAUCGCACAUACUUUGAUAUUGAAUCUUCUGGAGGGUUAGAUGGGACACAGCUUUACCCCCAUUUAAACUACACUACGAUCAGCAAAUACCUCGAGACCUUAGUAUAAUGCUGGUGUAUCAUCAUUAUCGGCUUGCUGUGUUUAUUUUUUGAACUGAAACAAGCAGCAAUUUUUGCAUGGGAACGUACUUGUACUGCUCGAGCUUUCAGAUGAUAUUAUAUAAAAAUAAUUUCUUAGACUGAGUUGUUUGUUAUGUAUUCUAUUGAAUUGUUAUCUUGAAAAGCUGAAAUAAAUCGGUUCAUGUGAUGGUGGAAA